UUCUCAGCUGGUUUCAGUCUCACCAUUGAUUUAAGUUGGCACGGUCACCAUGAGCUCGCUUUGACCAUCUAAUACGGACAUUUGUUAGCGAGUGGUGAGGUCUCCCGCUGCGUGACGUUUAGUGACGAUUGUUGAUCUCGUCGCUCGCUCAGCUCUACACAUCUAUCUAAAAUGUUACCUUUGAGGACAAUGAUGCCUCCAAAGUCUUCCAAGCAGACUUCAGCCACAGCAGCGAAGAUCAAAAAUAAAAUCCUCAACACCUCCUCCUUCUUCAAGGUCUCUUUGAAGACCAACAACAAAGCCUUAGCUCUGGCUUUGGAGGCCCAGAAGGAGCGGAGCAGGCAGCUGGAGAUGGAGGUUGUGUACCUUCAGAAACAAGUGGAGGCUCUGUGCUUCGAGCUGGCCACCAAGAAAUACAAGCACAGGAAACUGCUCCUCAUUAUAAAAACCCUCCACAGCAACACUUUGCAGCAUUUGGACCUGGUGGCCGAGCUGUUCCCUGACAGUGAUCUUCCUAAACUAUCUGGGGACGACAAGACGUCAGCUGGUGACAUUAAUACAGAAAACCUGGUGGUUGAAAGUCUUACAGAUCAGUUACCUCCUCAACCAGAAACUGCGGGACGUUUGUUGUGUCCUCUAGAAAAGGUAACAGCGGAUUUGCCUGAAAAAGACACUGCUGCAAAUGUCUUCAGCAUCCAGAACAAACCCCAGAAGGCCCCUGAUAUUUGCAAUGACGCUGAGAAAAGGCAGUCGAACCUGCUCAUACACACUCCCCAGACCGGAGCGUCCCGUCCGUCCAGCAGCCUUAGGGACGAAGUAGAGCGGCUGUCGAUGAUGUUCUCCCAGUCUGGAUUUGAUAUGACGUCAAUCCUCCGUCCUCAGAUCAGUCAAACCCGCUCAGCUGCAAUCGCCGAAGGACCCGAACCGUCUUUUUCUGGUGAUCUACCAAGCAGCUCGGUGAUGGAAACAGAAAAUGGUAAGAAACACGAGAAGACUGUGCUUCUGAAUACGACAAUGGAGAUGACGCUCAGUAACGCUGCUGAGGUAAUCACCGUGGAAACCAAGGCCAAAAAAACAGGCCGCUCUGGCAAGCCCAAAAGCAAGAUGAAUAAGGAACAAGCCCGUGGGUCGAGUGCGGCCGAAAAUCCACAAGUGAAGAACUCUGCAGAUUCUUCAGCGUGCACUUUGUUACAGACUGAAGGUCAUACGCUGGAGGAUACGGCUCACCCAGAGGUCACUGAGGUUCAGUCGCCCAACACGCAGUGUAGGAGCGUCGUCACCUCUCGCAUUCCCAAACUGAGCAAGCCUGUCGCUGGCAACCAACAGAAAACGGAUAAAUUCAAACCCCGUGAUGAGCAUACCGAGUCAAAGAAUGACACCCUGCACCUGGAUGAUUACUUCACGGAUCCUGAUGUUAAAGCCACUAAAAGCGUAAAAUCACCACGAGAGAUUGAUACGACAGAAGAGCCAACGUCCAAAAUCACAAGCAGGAGGACUAAAGGCAGGGCCGCGUCCUCAGUCGGCAGAAAAACGUUUGUCAGUUUGCCUCGGCCGUCGAAUGAAAAUGAGAGCAGUCCGUCUCAGUUGGAACAAAUCCACAACGAAGUGCAAGAAGGAGUUAAGGGAAACUGUGAAACGUGCAAAGACCAACAGCUUCCCGCAGACUUCCUGUUUAGUGCAGAUAUAGAACAUGUGAGCAAAACGCCACAGAGAAAACCGAAGACAAACUCCGUCCACAAAUCGAGAUGCAGAGGGACAUUUAUCGUCUCAGCUCCCUGGGACAGCACCCAGUCCAGCAGAGCAUCGGCAGAGCUGGGACCAGGAGAGCGGGACUUAAUGUCUCCGACAGGACCCUCCGACUGUGAGGCAGAACAAGGAUUAGUCGUGGAUGCAGGUGUCCCUCUGAGACAUUCAGAGUCAAACCCACAAACACCGAGCUCCUGCAAGCGUCCUCGGCUCGCCACUCUGGAUUCAGGAAGCCCUCACGAGGAUGUGAGCGUGAACGUUAAUCGUGAAGUUCUGCCGUCAGACCACGACUGCACUUCAGACACAGAGUUUCCGAAACCUAAAAAAGCCAGGAGAGAAAAAACAAGUCGGUCCGACAAGAAGAAGGCCGUGCAGAGGGAGGAGCGUGACGAUCAUUUCAACGACAAGAAGAAGAAGAAGAAGAAGAAACAAAGAGGAUUUGGAUCGGAGGACGAAGUUUACCUUGAGGACCACGGUGACGCCUCACCUCUCUGUGGGUUCGACGACCCUGAAAGACACAAGGAACGGUUAGAUGAUUUCCAAGUCUCGCAUCCCGACAUCAGUGACAUCUUUGAACAUUUCUAUGAUUCAAAACUCAUCGAGUCAAAAUCAAAGAUGGCUCAGAAUCCGAAACGAUAUCGAAAAGCGUCCAAGCUCCAAACACCCACAAAAACCAGAAAUCCAAGGGAGACGUUUGUUGUCUGCAGGCGCAAAACUCAAGACGCUGCUCCACUAAACAACACGAGGACAUCUAAUGUGUCCCACAGUCACUCGGUGGACGCCAGCGAGGAGACGGUUCAUCAGAAUCUGGGCGACCUGCUGACGGAUGAGAUGCCGCCGUGGCUGGACAUGGACGUCAGCGUUGUGGACUCUGAGGCGGGCUCUUUACUCGCCAGUCCCAAGAGGGGGACGCCAAGCGGAGCGGCACUGAUCGAGGAGUCCGCUGCUGUCGCCACUGAAGCCUCUCCAGCAGGAAGAGUGUUAACGUCACUGACCAACACCAUGACGACCCCGGACAGCGAGAACGGAGGACGCACCAGGAGACGGAAAGGCGUCAUCAGCUAUAAGGAGCCGACCCUCAACAGCAAAAUGAGGCGCGGAGAUAAAUUCACCGACAGCGAGUUUCUGAGCUCUCGGUGUUUAAGGACGGCAGGAAGAGGAAGAAGAAGCAGAAGAAGACUGCGGCCAACCCGAAACUGGAGCAGUCUGUUUUAGCGGACUGAUUAGUAUUUUUCUGUUUUUUUUUUUAUUGAUUUAUUUGAAGUUUUUGGUUUUCGAAAUAAAGACGUGUACAGACA